AUGGCCACGGGGGGCACGGGCAGCCCCCCCAGCGCCCCUCGCCACACCAACCGCCUGAUCAAUGAGAAGUCCCCCUACCUCCUGCAGCACGCUCACAACCCUGUGGAUUGGUACCCUUGGGGCCAGGAAGCCUUUGAUAAAGCAAAGCAAGAAAACAAGCUGAUAUUCCUGUCAGUUGGCUACUCCACCUGCCACUGGUGCCAUGUGAUGGAGGAGGAGUCCUUCAAGAACGAGGAGAUUGGAGAGAUUAUGAGCAAGAACUUUGUGUGCAUCAAAGUGGAUCGUGAGGAGCGACCAGAUGUGGACAAAGUGUACAUGACCUUUGUGCAGGCAACCAGUGGUGGAGGUGGUUGGCCAAUGAGUGUCUGGCUGACUCCAGACCUAAAGCCCUUUGCAGGGGGGACCUACUUCCCUCCUGAAGAUGGAGUUCAUCGCCUUGGCUUUCGGACUGUGCUGCUCCGAAUCGCAGAGCAGUGGAAGGAGAACAAAGAUGCCCUGCUGGAAAACAGCCAUAAGAUCCUGGAAGCGCUGCGAUACACGUCUGAGACGCGUGUGCAGGGCCAGGAGUCACCCCCACCAGCCAAAGAGGUGCUGACCACCUGUUUCCAGCAGCUCUCUGACUCCUACGAUGAAGACUACGGUGGCUUUUCUGAAUCCCCCAAGUUCCCCACCCCAGUGAAUUUGAAUUUCCUCUUCACGUACUGGGCUCUGCACCGAACAACUCCAGAAGGUGCCCGGGCUCUGCAGAUGGCUCUGCAUACCCUCAAGAUGAUGGCCCAUGGGGGUAUCCAUGACCACAUUGGUCAGGGCUUUCAUCGUUACUCCACAGACCAGCACUGGCAUGUCCCUCACUUUGAGAAGAUGCUGUAUGACCAGGGGCAGCUGGCAGCCACGUACAGCAGAGCCUUUCAGAUCUCUGGUGACAAAUUCUUUGCUGAUGUUGCCCAAGACAUUCUUCUCUAUGUCUCACGUGACCUGAGUGACCAGACAGGAGGUUUCUACAGUGCAGAAGAUGCUGAUUCCUACCCGACCACUGAAUCUGAACAGAAACGGGAAGGAGCUUUCUGUGUGUGGGCAGCUGAGGAAAUCCGGGCUCUCCUUCCUGACCCUGUCGAGGGGGCGACAGAGGGGACAACCCUGGCAGAUGUCUUCAUGCACCACUACGGGGUGAAGGAAACCGGCAAUGUCAGCCCCAUGAAGGACCCCCAUCAGGAGCUGAAGGGCAAGAACGUCCUUACGGUGCGGUGCUCCCCGGCGCUGACGGCGGCGCGGUUCGGGCUGGAGCCGCGCGGGCUGAUGAUCUCGGGCUUUGCCCAGGCUGGUGUGUCCCUGGCCCAGCAGCACUACGUGAGCAGGGCUGCAGAGGCAGCUGCCUUCCUGCAGAGACACCUUGUCCAGCCCGGCAGCGGCCGGUUGCUGCGGAGCUGCUACCGGGGCAGGGACGGCUCCGUGGAGCAGAGUGCUGUGCCCAUCAUGGGCUUCCUGGAGGAUUAUGCCUUCGUCAUCCAGGCUCUCUUUGACCUGUAUGAAGCUUCCCUGGAGCAGAGCUGGCUGGAGUGGGCCCUGCAGCUCCAGCACAUGCAAGACAAGCUCUUCUGGGACCCCAAAGGCUUUGCAUAUUUCUCCAGUGAGGCUGGUGACUCCUCUCUGCUCCUGCGCCUGAAGGAUGACCAAGAUGGAGCAGAGCCCACUGCCAACUCUGUCAGUGUCACAAACCUGCUCCGAGCAGCUUGUUACUCGGGCCACAUGGAGUGGGUGGAAAAAGCUGGGCAGAUCUUGGCUGCCUUCUCAGAGAGGCUGAGGAAGAUCCCGAUAGCCCUGCCAGAGAUGGCCCGGGCCACUGCUGUCUUUCAUCACACCCUCAAGCAGGUCGUUAUCUGUGGGGAUCCCCAAGGAGAAGACACCAAAGAGAUGCUGCGCUGUGUCCACUCUGUCUUCAGCCCAAACAAGGUGCUGCUGCUGGCAGAUGGAGACAGCUCUGGGUUCCUCUACCGCCAGUUGCCUUUCCUUGCCUCCCUGGAGAGGAAGGAUGGAAAAGCCACCGCCUACCUCUGCAGCAACUUCUCCUGCUCCCUGCCUGUCACUUCACCCCAGGAACUGCAGAGGAUGCUCAGCCCAUGAGCCCCUCAGCCCC